AUGAACAUAACCAUAUUCGAACAAUUCACAAGCCCAGAACUUAUCCUAAUCCCCACAACCCCACUAUCAAUCAUAAUCCCAUUUUUCCUAAUCUACCACAAACCAAAACUUAUCGGAAAUCGCAUAAUAACCGUCACCACCCUAUUCUUAAAAAUGUUCAUAUCAAACAUAACAAGCCAACUCACCCCAGAAGGACAAAAAUGAUCCCGCAUACUAGCCAGCCUCAUCCUCAUAAUCCUACUAUCUAAUCUACUAAGUCUACUACCAUACACCUUCACAUCAACCUCCCAACUAUCAAUAAAUAUGGCCCUAGCCCUCCCCCUAUGACUAGCUACCGUUAUUACCGGCCUAAAAAACAAACUGUCUAUAACACUAGCCCAUCUUCUACCAGAGGGCUCUCCAACCCCACUAAUUCCAUUUAUAAUCCUAAUUGAAACAGUUAGCCUAUUAAUACGACCCAUCGCACUAGGGGUGCGACUAACAGCCAACAUUACCGCCGGCCAUCUCCUUAUAACAAUAGUAAGCUCCACCACCAUCAACCUUAUUAACACCUACAUCUCCAUCAGCUCAUUAACAUUUAUCCUGUUGUCCCUACUCACACUCCUAGAACUAGCAGUAGCCUGCAUCCAAGCCUAUGUCUUUGUCCUUCUAAUCAUCCUAUAUCUACAAGAAAAUACAUAA